AUGCAACUACUCCUCAAUUCUCCAUGGGAUGUCUGCUUUGAGCCCAUCAAUGAGAUUGUUUACAUUGCAAUGGCUGGGCAGCAUCAGAUCUGGGAACAUAAUAUAACAGAUGGAACUACAAGAGCUUUCAGUGGUGAUGGUUACGAAAGAAACCUGAAUGGCGGCUGGGGGAUUGUGCUAAAAGAAGUUCUGUUUGAUUCUUUGGAAUAG